AUGCAAGACAUCAUAGGGGUGGCAUUCCCAUUCGGCGGAAAGAUAAUGGUUUUGGGGGGUAAUUUUAGACAAGUAUUACCGGUCGUGAGGCAUGGAACCCGAGCACAGAUUGUAGAUUCUAGCUUACGGAUGUCACCUCUUUGGGCAACAAUUAAAAAGAUACGAUUAAUGCUCAAUAUGAGAGCACGCACAGAUCCGUGGUUUUCAGAAUUUUUAUUAAGAGUCGGUGAUGGAGAUGAAGAAGCGGUGGACGAAAGCUUUAUUCGCAUACCGGACGACAUGACCAUUCCCUAUACUGAUAAAGAUAAGUCAAAAGAUGCGCUGAUUGACGCAAUCUUUCCAUCUCUACAAAUCAACGGAGCUGAUUCGGAUUAUAUCAUUUCGAGGGCGAUAUUGUCAACUAAAAACGAGAAUGUCGAUGAGAUUAAUGAUCAAUUGAUCGACAAGUUUUCUGGAGAUGAAAAAAUAUACUACAAAUUCGACGAAGCAGAAGAUGAUAAGAACAACAUCUAUCCGAUGAAGUUCUUAAAUUCUUUAACUUUAGUGGUUUGCCUCCUCAUUACCUUCUUCUCAAGAUUGGAUGCCCAAUAA